AUGGCCGAUAAAGACGACGACAAAGAGUUUGUAAGUGGGAGGAUAGUUCAAAGAAGGGGCGCGGUUCGCCAGAAAGAUGUCCACAAGGUCAAAGGUCACAAUUUUGUCGCAAAAUUUUUCAAACAACCGACUUUCUGUAGCCACUGCACCGAUUUUAUUUGGGGAUUUGGAAAGCAAGGAUUUCAAUGCAACGAAUGCUGUUUGGUGGUCCAUAAGAGAUGCCACGAGUUCGUCAAUUUCAUAUGCCCUGGAGCCGACAAAGGACCUGACUCUGACUUCCUGAACAAACACAAAUUCAAAGUGACGUCAUUCAACAGUCCGGUGUUUUGUGAUCACUGCGGAUCGAUGCUCUACGGCCUGGUGCACCAGGGACUGAAAUGUGAAUCUUGCGAGAUGAUAGUGCACAAGAGGUGCGAAGGGAAUGUUCCACCCCUGUGUGGCCUGGACAACACUGAGAAGAGGGGUAGGAUCAAUGUCAAGGUCAGCUGCAAGGAUGCAUCCCUGACAGUUCACGUAAUCGAAGCAAAGAACUUAAUUCCGAUGGAUCCCAACGGAUUGGCGGAUCCGUACGUGAAGAUCAAGUUGAUCCCAGAGGAUCAGGGAAGGACCAAGCAGAAGACAAAAACCAUCCGGACCAACCUAAAUCCUCAAUGGAACGAAGUUUUUGUCUUCCAAUUAGGCCCGGACGACUUAUCCAAGCGCUUAUCCAUAGAAGUAUGGGAUUGGGAUAGAACGUCGAGAAACGAUUUCAUGGGAUCUCUAUCAUUCGGGAUAUCGGAACUUUUCCAGAAAUCCCAAAAGCAAGAUGGCGCCAAGGGUGACGUGGUAGAAAGUGGUUGGUUCCGGUUGUUGAAUGAGGAGGAGGGGGAGUUCUACAACGUUCCAUGCACCGAUGAUGUCUCAACCAGCAUCAUCGAGCUGAAAAAUAAACUCAAAUUGUCGUCACAAGACAGUAGAACCCUGCCAGCUCACGAUCUGCAGACAACCACCAUGCCAAUGAAAGACCUCAUCCGAGUAACUGACUUCAACUUCAAGGCUGUCCUAGGUAAAGGAAGCUUUGGAAAGGUUGUAUUGGCACAGCGCAAAGGCACGGAUGAAUAUUACGCAAUCAAGGUUCUGAAGAAAGAUGUCAUCCUACAAAAUGAUGAUGUCGAGUGCACUAAAGUGGAAAAAAGGGUUUUGUGUCUGUCUGGAAAGCCUCCAUUCCUUGUGGCGCUGCAUUCGUGUUUUCAAACUAAUGAUAGGUUAUAUUUUGUGAUGGAGUUUGUUAACGGAGGCGACCUUAUGUUCAGGAUACAACAGGAGACGAAGUUUAAAGAGCCCGUUGCCUGCUUUUAUUCAGCCGAGAUUGCAAUAGCUCUGAUCUACCUACACAGUAAAGGAGUCAUUUACAGGGAUUUGAAACUGGACAAUGUCAUGUUGGAUUCAGACGGGCAUGUUAAACUGGCGGAUUGUGGGAUGUGCAAAGACGGAAUGUUCCCUGGCAAGACCACCCACACCUUUUGUGGCACUCCCGACUACAUCGCCCCCGAAAUUUUGUUACGUCAACAUUACAACAAGUCAGUUGAUUGGUGGGCUUACGGAGUUCUAUUGUAUGAGCUACUUGUUGGACAGCCACCAUUUGACGGCGAUGAUGAAGAGGACUUGUUCGUGAAUAUAAAGGAGAAGAGUGUCACAUUUCCAAAGUACAUGUCUAAGGAGGCAGUCUCCAUUUGCAGAGGAUUACUGACAAAGUCAACGAAACAUAGAUUGGGUAGCGGUCCAGACGAGGAGAAAGAAAUAAAAGAGCACAUAUUCUUCAGGAGGAUCGAUUGGGAGAAGAUUAUCAACAAAUCCAUGCAACCGCCAUUCAAACCAAAAAUCAAGAGUGAAUGCGACGUUAGCAACUUCGACAAAGAGUUCACUAACGAACCACUGAACACGACACCUACCGAUAAACUCCUCCUCAUGAACCUUGACCAAAGCACUUUUGCUGGCUUCUCUUACGUCAAUCCAGAAUUCAUUGUCACUGUUUAA